GUCUUAAUUAUUCAUCCGCCCCUCUGAUUGCUAAACCACACCGACGACCGCGACUCCUCCGCAUCGCUCUUUAACCGCCGGAAUCUUCUCAAGUCUAAUACAUGUAAAAACCUGUUUAUAAAGGAUGUCAUACAUAUCGUCUCGAUCAAUUCUCGUGAAGCGAAGCGUCUCAACGCUACCUCAUCUCUCUCAGAGAUUUAAACAAACAGAGAGCGAGAUUGUUCAAAUGUUCAGUCUCCCAAACCCGGAGGAAUCAGAGAACCCUCGAGAGAAGUGGAAACUCUCAAGAAAAGACCCAUCAGUCCGUACCCUAGACGAGAGAUUCAUCCGAAUCCUCAAAAUCUUCAAAUGGGGUCCCGACGCCGAGAAAGCCUUAGAGGUCCUCAAGCUCAGAGUAGACCACCGUCUCGUCCGCUCAGUCCUCGCCAUAGAAGACGUCGACAUCAACGUCAAGACCCAGUUCUUCAAAUGGGCCGGCAAAAGAAGAAACUUCCACCACGACUCCUCCACUUACCUCCCCCUGAUACGCUGCCUCGAGGAAGCCAGGCUCUACGGCGAGAAAAAAAAAGGAGCUUCCUUUUUUGUGUUGUGGUGA